AUGUCGACGUCGACACGUUUCGUGCAAAACGGCCGUAAUAUGACGACGCAUCAUCGCUUGCAUGCAAGCGUCAUCAGUGAGCAUCUUCUUGAGAUUCCAGUUGAGCAACUGAGACGUAUCGCGCAAACGGAAGGGGUGAACUCAAUCGAACGCGAGACCAAGCAUUUUUCGUGUACGGCACUCGUUCUUCAUUCACUCACCUAUCAUGCAUGA